CUUGAUCAGUUUUUCCAAGAGAGUACAUCCGUCGACAACCUUUCUGCACCAUGUCCUCUGCCCCUGCUGCCGCCACCCCUGUCCCCUUGGCCGACUUGUCCAAGUUGGACAUCUCUACGCUCCCAGGUGUCACUCCACAAGCCCCAAAGCCAAACGGCUUGUGGUCUUCCAACCCGGUCUUUUCAUACUUGAACGAUGCUUACAUCACCAUUGGUGAACACCGUCGUUCCCUUGGUCUUGUCAACCCGGGUACCAUUGAAAACUUGAACAAGGAAGUCUCCCGUGACGUCUUUUUGCAACAAUAUUUCUUCACUGGUCUUAGAGCUGAUUUGAACAAGGCCUUCUCCAUGUCCCCUGCAUUCCAGACCUCCCACACCUUGUCCAUCGGUUCCAACGUAUUGCCACCUUACGCGUUCUCCGCCCUUUACGCCGCCGACGACUACUUUGUCCAAGGUAACAUUGACAACGACUUGUCCUUCUCCGGUCGUGUCAACUACGGUUGGGACAAGCACAACAUUUCCAAGCUUACCUUGCAAAUCGCCCAAGCUCAACCAGCCAUGGUUCAAUUGGAACAAGACUACCAAGCUUCCGACUUCUCCAUUAACUUGAAGUCCCUCAAUCCUUCUUUCUUGGACGGUGGCUUCACCGGUGUAGCCGUUGGUUCUCUUUUACAAUCGCUCACUCCAAACUUGGCUGUUGGUUUGGAAGCCAUGUACUCCAAGCAAGCCGGCUCUGUUCCUCCAGACAGUGCUGUUUCCUACGUUGCUCGUUACAACGCCGGUAACUGGAUCGCCUCCGCACAACUCCAAGCCCAAGGUGCUCUUAUCGCCUCCUUCUGGAGAAAGGUCACCGACAAGGUUGAAGCCGGUUUGGAAACCCAGGUUGCUGCCACCAUGAAGCCAAUCACCGACAGCUUGAUGGGUACCCCAAUUGGCUACGAACCAGUUGUCGAAGGUCAAACCACCAUUGGUGCCAAGUACGAAUACCGUCAAUCCGUCUUUAGAGGUCAAGUUGACUCUCUUGGUAAGGUUGGUGUUUUCAUGGAAAAGAGAGUUCUUCCAACCGUGUCGAUCUUGUUCUCCGGUGAAAUUGACCACGCCAAGAACGCCUCCAAGUUGGGUUUGGGUUUACAAUUUGAAUCUGCUGGUAACGAACAACUUAUGUUGAUGCAACAAGGUUUGAUUGAUGCCAACGGUAACCCUGUCCCAGGCGCUCCUCCAAUGUAAUGAGAUAG